GAAAGACAACAAGAGAGAGAAGACAACAAGGGAGAGUUUUGUAAGUUUCCUGAAAUUUAGAAGACAAAAGUUUGCAUCUUUUUUCAAUAUUCUUCUUCUUCCACAAUAUUGAGUUCUUAUCCAAUAGUAGAAAACUUCAAUCUUUGCUUUCAUUCAGUUUUUGAAUGAAUGUCAAUGUUUUGGAUUUGUUCUUUUUCUUCUCAGAGGUGCCAGAAUCAAAUUUCAUUCCUGGUGUCUUCUAUUGGUUCCACAGCGGGAAACAUUUAAAUUUGUGUCUGGUGUUUGUGUUGCUGGCGCUGCACUGGUUUCAUUCUCUGCAUUUGUCACUCAGUGAUAAGGUUUCUUCUGUAAGGGAAAUGAUUAGAAAUCCAGCAUCUCAGCAAGCAUCACCACUGAGUUCUGGUAAUGGGAGUGUUGGGCACUUGGUUUCAUCAUCUUCUAGAUUUACAAAUGAUAUGAGUGUUUCAGCAGUUUCACCACAAGGAAAGCAGUCUCAUAAUUCUCCAUUCAUUUCUCAGUCACUAAGGGACGGAGGAAAUUUUCCACCAACCCAUUAUUCUCAUUCAGAAGGGCUAUCCACAGCAUUCAUUAAUCACUCUGAUGACAACAAGGAUCUCUCCUGGGCUAUAGAUCCACUUCAGGACUUCCUUAAUUUCGUUGAAAAUGUCCCUGUCCAGAAUGGUCAGGUGGAAAGCACUGCUGGUGUCAUUGCCUCGGAGGAUCAUGCAAAGAGAACAGACUGGCAAGAGUGGGCAGAUCAGUUGAUCUCUGUUGAUGAUGAACUGGAACCAAAUUGGAGUGAAAUUCUGAAUGAUGUCAACAUGAAAGAUUCCAAACAGAAGAUGUCGAGGCCGUCUCCUAAUAACUCAGUUCAACAACCCCUAAUUCAUCAGCAUCAAACUCCUCAUAGUGGAGAAGUAUGUGCUGUUACUAAUCCACUGUUGGUUGCACCACCAACAAAAUCUCGAAUGCGCUGGACACCAGAACUUCAUGAGGCUUUUGUGGAAGCUGUCAAUCAGCUUGGGGGUAGUGAAAGGGCUACUCCCAAGGGUGUCUUAAAGCAGAUGAAUGUCGAAGGCUUGACUAUCUAUCACGUCAAAAGCCACCUCCAGAAGUACAGAACAGCCAGAUAUAAACCAGAGUCAUCUGAAGGAACUUCAGAAAAAAAGUUGAGUCCUGUUGAAGAAAUGAAAUCUCUAGACUUGAAGACGAGUAUGGGGAUCUCAGAAGCUUUGCGUUUGCAAAUGGAAGUCCAGAAGCAACUCCACGAACAACUUGAGAUCCAGAGAAAUUUACAAUUGAGGAUUGAGGAACAGGGGAGGCAUCUUCAAGAGAUGUUUGAGAAACAAAAAAAGAUGGAGGGUGACAAGUCAAAGGCUCCUCCCCCCUCCCAAAACGACCCUUCCCUUCUACAAUCAAAGUUAGAGCAGUCACCUGCAAAUGACAAAUUAGAAGCCUCAGAUCUGGACUGUGUCAAAACAAGGUUUGAUACAAGUAAUGCAAGUGCCUUACUAGAAGAAAGCUCCCAGAGUAUAAGCAGAAAGCAAAAGGCACCAGAGGACAGAAACUGUCAGGUUGUAGACACAAAUGGAGAGAAGACCAGUUUAGCACUAGUGAAACGACCAAGAACAGAUGAAACAACAGCAUUGACAGCGGAGCCUGCAUCCAAUUGAACAUGUUUACUGCAAUAGACAGUUUGCUGCUCCUGGAGAUGAUGCAGUAAGCCUUCACAGGAGUUACAUGUCCCAUGAGAUGAUGCAGGGUCACUGAAGACCAGGAAAGUUUGGAGCUCAAGUUAUGUUUUCUUUGGGGUAAACAUUUAUGGUUAUGGCAUAUGUUAACACUGUCCGUCUAGCAAAGAAUCAAACUCUCCACAGCGAAUUUCCUAACUGUGACAUUUUUCAGUUUAGGGGAUAACAGUAUAUGCUAGUGUUGUGGACCUCUUACUUCUGUUCUCAUGCAAUCUUAGUUAUUGAAAGAAUUUGUAGCGUACAAUGAAACAGUAAUUCAAGUAAACUGGUGUUGUAUCAAUUCAGUUUAGGGGAUGACGGUAAAUGCAAUUGUUUCAACAUGCCAAUCA